GACCAGGAAAUUUAAAAUGGCUGAUGGGCUGGAAAGCCACGAUGAUUGUGUUAUGUCGGACCAAGAGUGGAAGAAGCUUCAACUACGAUCCCACACAGAUGGAUACAGAGAAGGAUUUGCUAUCGGGAAAGAGAACGCAUUGCAAUCAGGAUUUGAUGCUGGUUACGCGACUGCAUUGAAAGUUUCACAGUUUUACGCUAAACUUAGAGGACGCUUAGCCGUGAAUACAUUUACAAGCUCGAACCAUGGACCUCUCUGUGUUAAUAAGGAACCUUUAAGUUCGAAUGCAGGACCUCUCUCCAGUGAGAAAGACUCUCUUACUAUAGAUAAAAAAUCCGAAGACAUACCAAGUGAUAACGACAUCCUAGUCUCCAGUGAACGAAAAGUUUUAAAUUACAUCAAGAAUAACUUUUCGUUAACCCUUUCCGCAGAACUGAACGUUGAAGAGUGGAUUGGAGCCGCUGGAGAAAAUUUGGUUAUUGAGAAAAUUAACAAUAGUUUUAAAUCAAAGCAUUGAAAAAUUACUAUUUUUUCUUCUUUUAUAAAUGUUAUUUGCAGAA